ACCGGCGUCACUUUGUUUUUGGAAUAAUGAUUAAUGAUUAAUGUUUAAUGAAUUUGGUUUGGUUACAAGAAAGAGAGAGAGAUUUGAGGAUCUGGAAUCUGCUGCCUCUUCCUUCCUUCACCUUCUCCUUGUGUUGCGUCCAUUUCUUUAAUCACAGCCACCCAUCAUUUUUUUUUUAUAAUUAUUUUUAAUUUAAUGAAUGAAAACACCGCCAUCGCUCUUAUCUCUCACCAUUGACUCAGCCGUCCUUAAUCUCUCCGACAUCUCCGAUCUCUCCCAUAUCCCUGAUCACAUCCUCCGAGACCUCUUCCUGAGAAUAUUGAAAGCUGGAAAGCUCACUGAGAAAGUUCUGAGAUUGUUUAUAGCAACUGGUAAGGAUGAAGUUCUCUCACUUGUUCAGGCACUCAAUAUCCAACAUAUUUUGACCCCUGUGCUUCCCACCACAAUUAUCAACGAUAACGAAGUGGACAUUGUGAUUGGUGCACUGCGCUCUGACCUCACCUCUUUUAUGAAUGAAUGGAAGCCAAUAUUCUCCCGUUUUCACCUGAUAAUAGUAAAAGAUCCUGACCUCAAGGAGGAUCUCCAAAUUCCUGGAGGAUUCAGGGCAGAUGUGUAUACGAAUUCUGAUAUCGAGCGAGUGGUCGGUUCUUCCACUUCUGUCCGCUUCUCUGGCUACUCUUGUAGAUAUUUUGGCUUCCUAGUUUCAAAGAAAAAGUAUGUUGUCUGUAUUGAUGAUGAUUGUGUUCCCGCAAAAGAUAAUUCAGGCAAUUUGGUGGAUGCUGUGGCUCAGCAUGUUUUCAACCUCCAGACUCCUGCCACUCCUUUCUUCUUUAAUACUUUAUAUGAUCCAUUCCGUAAGGGUGCAGAUUUUGUUCGCGGGUACCCAUUUAGCUUGCGAAGUGGAGUUGAUUGUGUUCUGUCAUGUGGGUUGUGGCUCAAUCUGGCUGACCUUGAUGCUCCAACGCAAGCUCUCAAGCCAGGACAGAGGAAUAUGCGAUAUGUGGAUGCAGUUCUGACUGUUCCUGCAAGAGCCAUGGUGCCCGUGAGUGGAAUCAACAUUGCCUUUAACCGUGAAGCUGUUGGCCCGGCAUUAGUCCCGGCUCUGAGGCUGGCAGGGGAAGGAAAAUUGAGAUGGGAAACUGUGGAAGAUAUAUGGUGUGGAAUGUGUGUGAAAGUCAUAUGUGACCAUCUAGGCUUUGGUGUGAAAAGUGGGUUACCCUAUGUUUGGAGGACAGAAAGAGGUGAUGCCGUAGAGAGCUUGAAGAAAGAGUGGGAAGGGGUAAAAUUGAUGGAGGAUGUUGUUCCUUUCUUUCAGUCAUUGAGGUUGUCACAAUCAGCCACUACACCAGAGGGUUGUGUGGUGGAGAUGGCCAAAACAGUGAAGGAGCAACUGGGGAAGAUUGAUCCUAUGUUUUCUCAGGCUGCUGAAGCCAUGGAAGAGUGGGUCAAGCUCUGGAAGGCUGUUCGAUCUGGUUGAAGCUCCCUGAACUCGAGGACUCUCGUAGGGGUGAAGGUUAUUGCCUUAUUGGCUUCUAUAUUUCUUUUAUUUUAUUAAACUAAUUUAUAUCCACUUUUUUUUACAGUUUGUAGUGAACUAAGCUUACAUUUUACCUGACACAGUUAGACUGAAGGUUGAAUAAAAUGAUGAGAUAGUACUUAUUGGCUUUGUGACAAUUGAAUAAAUGCUUUGUCUUGCUUUAUC